AUGACAACCUCUCGUGAAAAUAACAAUCCCAAUAAAACAUCAUUGUACUUUUCCAAAGCCAGCAAACUGCUUUUACUUGGCGGAUUGUCUGGCUGCGUGAAAUGGAUCGAAAACGACUACAAAAAACCGAUAUAUAAACAUAUCCAGUCUUGUUUAACAGUUUGCAUUUUAAUAUUCGUUGGAAUGGAAGUAGGAGCUUUCAUAACUCAGACCAACUUAUCGGAGAAGCAGGCGGCCGAUCUAAUGGUUUUGGGUUUUUCUCAUCCCAUUGUCUUAAGCUACCAGUUCAUUAUAAGUUAUCAUAAGGAGAGGGUGAAGGAUCUGCUAUAUAAAUUAUGUAUAUCACUGAAGAAUGUUUACAAUGACCCUGAUCUUGAGAGGGUGAUGAUAAAAAGGGCCACGUUGUAUUCAAUAGCCUUUUUAUUGAAUAUCAGUUUUGCAUUAAUUUCUUACGGCUAUGAGGGCGUUUCACAAGCCGUUGGUACAGAUGGCACUUUUGUGGCAGUAAUUACAGCAUGGCCGGACGUCAACGAAAAAAGCACCUCAGCGUCCGUUGGCCGAAUCAUUGGCUAUUUGAUGUUUUGGGUCAGUAUGACCCGCGUUUCGGCGGUCUUCGUCCUCAUCAUCAUCACCACGGGCUGUCUGAGCUGUCAAUAUAAAAAUCUGCAAAGUUAUUUCUACAGUCUGAAUGGCAUAUUUAAAGUACAUGAGGAAGAUGGAACAGUUCGGGAAAUUGUUGAAGAAAGAUACGAGGUGGCUCUUAAAGUUGGCAUUAAAUUGCACGUUGAUACAGUAUGGUGUACCAGACAAUGUCAAGUGGUUUUCAGCAGCGUGUACAGCGCGCAGAUUAUUUUAAACGUGGCCGUGUUCUCUGUGUUAAUGUUACAAAUGGUGAACUCGGAGCAUACGUUAGCGACCACAUUUAAAAUAGUUUUCUCCACCGUCGCGCUUCUUUCAAGCACUGCUAUCCUAAUGUGUAACGCUGGAAAUAUUACGUAUGAGGCAAAUCUUCUGCCCACCGCCAUGUAUAGUUCUGGAUGGCAAAACUGUCGAGGCACGAGGUCGCAAAGGGUCCGCAAGUUAUUGGUCAUAGCUAUGACACUAGCUCAGAAACGUGCCGUUAUACGGAGCUUCGGUACCAUGGAGAUCUCGUACCGAGCGUACGUUUCGAUGGUGAAAGCAUCUUAUUCCGCUUUUUCCAUGAGUGCAUUGAUCUCUUACGGUUUCGAUGGAGCGUUGCAGGCUUUACUUCAUGAUGGAACAUUUGUAACAGUAGUAACAGCUUGGCCAGAUGUCACAGAUAAGAGCGUAGAAGCGAAUAUUGGCAGAAUUAUAGGCUACUUGUUGUGGUGGGUUUGCAUGCACCGUGUUUAUGCCGUCUUCGUACUCUUCAUAAUAACCAUGGGAUCGCUGCACUAUCAAUUCAAGAAUGUACAAAGUUAUUUCUGCAGUCUUAAUGACAUAUUCGACGAGCACGACUUUAGCGAAACGGGUCAAGAAAAUUCCGAACGAAAGUAUGAGGAAGCUCUCAAAGUCGGAAUUCAUUUACAUGCUGAUACUCUAUGGUGCACGAGACAAUGCCAAUUGGUUUGCAGCUUCGUAUACAGCGCGCAAAUUAUUGUCAACGUGGCUGUUAUGUGUGUGCUAAUGUUACAGAUGGUGAACUCGGAGCGUACGUUGGCAUCAGCGUUUACGAUAGUGUUAGCAACCGUCGCACUACUCUCCAGCACAGGCAUCUUAAUGUCCAACGCUGGAGAUAUCACUUUUGAGGCAACACUCGUACCCACAGCUAUGUAUAGUUCGGGCUGGCAGAAUUGUCGAGGGGAGAGGUCUCGAAGAGUUAGGAAGUUAAUGGUCAUAGCUAUGAAUGAAGCCCAGAAGCCUGUCAUAAUACGAAGUUUCGGAAUCAUGGAGAUCUCGUACCAGUCUUUUGUUUCGAUGGUGAAAGCAUCAUAUUCUGCAUUUUCAUUCUUAUACUAAAUAGUAGUUUUCAAAUCUGGGACUACAGCUUUUAA